UCCACUUGAAAUAAAAUAAGCGCUCCGGUCACAGUUACAGCUUUGCCAAGAUAUAACAUUUCUUCAUGUUGUAAUUUGAAGAUUACAGUAUAUAGUGUCAGUGCUUUAGAUGAGGAAAUCUCACAAAGCUCACACAGACCUCUUUUAGGAUUUAGGAUGGUGGUUGAGGUGGAGAGUUUUUAUGGAGUGUAUAUGCUGUACUGCACUAACCCCAAAUUUAAGGGUCGUAUAUAUAUCGGCUUCACUGUGAACCCGGAGCGCCGUAUCGGUCAACACAACGCCGGGCGACAUAGAGGAGGAGCAAAGAGAACCAGUGGAAGAGGACCAUGGGAGAUGGUUCUAAUCAUCCAUGGCUUUCCAUCUGAUAUUGCAGCGCUUCGGUUUGAGUGGGCAUGGCAGCAUCCACACACCUCUCGUCGGCUAUCCCAUGUUGCCCGACGCAACCGCAAAGAAUCCAGUUUGCAGUUCCAUUGGCGAGUGGUGUCAAACAUGCUGCGGGUGGCGCCAUGGAGUCGACUCCCCCUUACUGUUCGUUGGCUAAAACAAGAGUACCGUAUGGACUUUUCCCCUGACAUGCAGCCUCCUCUGCACAUCCCUUUAUCUUUUGGCUGUGUUCGUGCCAAGAGGAAACCACAGCAGGAGUGUAAGGAGCAAGAGGAGAGACCGGUGGAGUGGUGUGCACUGUGUAGGGAGCUUGUGAAGGCUGGAGACAGACUGUCUUGUUUCCACCCCUCCUGUCAAAUGGUUAGCCAUCUGAUUUGCCUGGCCAAACAUUUUUUGAAGUCAGAUCCUUCCCACCUACUUCCUGUGGAGGGAGAGUGUCCUGGCUGCCAUCACUCAGUGCUUUGGGGGAGUCUCAUUCGCCACAAAAAUGGCUGUAAUGGUGAUUUAGAAGAAAUAACCUCCUCAUCGUCUCAGAGUCAUUGGACAGAGAAACUCCAAUUAUGAAGACAAACUCUUAGCAUUCAUUGGACUGGACUAUAUGAACUGACAAACAGACCUUUUUAUCUCAUUCAGUCAAAACAAGACGUAUAUGAAUUUCUCUAUAUCUUUACAUUUGGAAUUAACAAGGAUAUUCAGAAGGAACUCAGAAUUCAGUCAGCCUUUUGAACUAUAAGGUAAUAAAGCCUAAAGAAGGUAAUAAACAUAUUUAAUUCAGCAAUAAUAAAUGUUAUUACAUCAAGUGUAAGCUAAUUUAUGACAAGAAUAAUGGAUGUUUUUGUUUUAAUAACUGUGACAAAGAGUUUUCAAAUGUGGCUAACUUAGUCAACCCUUUGAAUUGAAAUGUAAUAAUCCAAACAUAGUCUUUGUACAAAUUUUUUAUAUAUAAGAUAUUUCAAGUGAUGUCAGGUCAUUUUUAUUUGUAUAGUGCUUUUCACAAUGCAUACUUUCAAAGCAGCUUUACAGAAAAUCAUGCUUUAAAAGAAAAUGAAUUUGUAAUAUCUAUAAAGUCUUAGUCAUCAUUGUGUAGUUUGAUUAAAUAUGAUUGUGAAUAAAAAUAAAUGAUAAAAUAUAAUAAUUUUAUUUAGAACCCCAGUGAGCAAGCCUCACAGCCAGCGACUGUGGCAAGGAACACAAAACUCCAUAAGAUGUUGGUUGAUGGAGAAAAAUUACCUUGGGAGAAACCAGACUCACUGUGUGGGCCAGUUCCCCUCUGGCUAAACAGCAUGGAUAUAAUGACAAUAUUAGUUACUUGUGUGCAGUGCAAGUCAUGGUUUAAAAUGAGUAAACAAAGUGUUAAGGGCUAGUGUUUAAACAAAGAUCUUGUAUGAUUAGUGACUAAUGUCUUUGAAGUCAAUCCUUGGUUAACUGUAGAAAUUCACGUAGAUACAUUGUCCUUUGUUAGUUGGCUGAUGAAGGCUUUUGUUGGCAAUUCAUGACCAUGAUAGGUGAUUCAAUGAUAGUCUAUGUAUUCCAAUUCAAGAGUGUAGUCCAUCAAUAGACAAAGGUGAUGCAGGCAAAGAUCAAUGAGCUGCAUCGCAGUUCAACCGGCAGGUCGUUUCGGUGAGGUUCGGUGGCAUCCAUCCUAAGGUUCAGGCAUUGGCAUAUGAAGUAUCUGAUAUCUUACAGUUGGAGUUGACAUCAGUUCAUCCUCUGAAGUCUAUCGUAAAAGACUGAAGUGAUGUCUGGCUAGCACCGGCUAUAGUUUGUCGUCAUCACUGUUAGAAUAUUGAUAAAUGCUAAUCCCAAUGUGUCAUUUUUAUUAUAUAUUUGAAUGUUGAAGUCACCAACAAUUAAAGCUCUAUCUAAUGUAACUACUUGCAUCUGAUAGAAAAAUUGCAAAUUCACCAACGAAAUCAGAAUACGGCCCGGGUGAUCUAUAUACUGUUGCAAGGGCAAAAUAUGACAGAUAUUUUUAUUUAUAUCUGAUGGUGUCUUAUUAAGCAUUAUUAGUUCAAAAGACUUAAACUUAUUUCCUGUCCUCUUAGUAACACCAAAAACUUCACAUUGUAGCAACACCUCCUCGACCCUCAUGUUUAUAAUAAUAAACUGUGGGGAGUAGAUUCAUUUCAACUAAAAUAUUCAUCCUGUUUAAGCCAGGUUUCAGUCAAGCAGAGCACAUCCCAACUGUGAUCUGUAAUAAUUUAAUUUACAAUUAGAAAGUAGCCCUAACUUUUAUCUGAUGUUUAUCUUAAUUAUUUUAAUAAAACAUCUUAAUUUAGAAAUAAUAAAUCACAUGCAAGCUAUUUUCUUUAAAUAACAAUGCAUAAUGGAUUUUUUUGUUGUUUUUAUCGACUGAGAGUUUUCAAAUGUGGCUAUUUUGUAUCUAAAAUCAUGU